UCGGACCCCCUCUUCCAACAUGUCCAAGUUCGGCGUCUUAGUGAUGGGCCCCGCCGGGGCCGGCAAGACGACCUUCUGCAGCGCGGUGAUCCAACAGCUCCAGAACACGCGACGGAGCUGCUUCUACGUGAACCUGGACCCGGCGGCGGAGACGUUCAGCUACGAGCCGGACCUGGACAUCCGGGAGCUGAUCACGCUGGAGGACGUGAUGGAGGAGCUGGGGCUGGGCCCCAAUGGGGGUUUGAUCUACUGCUUCGAGUUCCUACUGCAAAACCUGGAUUUCCUGACGGAGGCGCUGGACCCGCUCAGCGAGGAGUACCUGAUCAUCUUCGACAUGCCGGGCCAGAUCGAGCUGUACACGCACAUCCCGCUGCUGCCGUCGCUGGUGCAGUUCCUGUCGCGCGCCGGCCCGCUGAACAUCUCGCUGUGCGCCGCCUACCUCCUGGAGAGCACGUUUGUCGUGGACAAGGCCAAGUUCUUCGCCGGCACGCUGAGCGCCAUGUCCGCCAUGCUGAUGCUGGAGAUGCCGCACGUGAACAUUCUGACCAAGAUGGACCAGGUCAAGGACAUGAUCUCGCGCAAGGAGCUCAAGCGCUUCACCAACGUCGACGUCCAGCUGCUGCAGGCGGAUCAGGACCGUGACGAGGCCGAGGCAACAGGGGGUGGGGAGGUCAUUGUCCAGGGCGACCCCGCGGCCAAGGAGAACUUGCUCAGCGGCGGCUCGUUCAACCAGCUCAAUCGCGCCGUCGGCCAGCUCAUCGAUGACUUCAGCAUGGUCUCUUUCUUGAAGCUCGACGUGCAGGACGAGGACAGCGUCGCCGCCGUGUUGAGCCACAUUGACGAUGCCAUCCAGUACCACGAAGCGCAGGAGCCCCGCGAGCCUAACGAUGCCCAGGAGGUCGACUAUGAGGAUGGAGAUAUGUGAGGGGGUGGGCUAACAAAGGGAGGGGGAUGUGUGCGAGCGGCAGGGGACUGCAACUGAGGAAUGAAGCGCAAGCCGAGAUCAACAACACAUCAACCGGUCGUCGUCUAACAACAGCGGGGUUUUUUACUUUACCGACAUUCGUUAUCGCAGGAUGUCAAUUGGACGUCCCCACCACCACCACACUUAUCGCGAGGUCUCGUUUGCCGGAUCGUUGUGGCCUUGGAAGUCUCGUUUGCGAAAGGAAUGUCACUUCCACCGCUUCUUCCACGCAAGCUGCAUGUAAUGUGCCAGGAGAGAGAUUCAGCAACAGGAAUACGGCCAGAUAAGAGAAAGCCAGAGAGGGGAGGAUCUACAGAGCCAGACAGUCAAAAAAGAGACGGCCAAGCAUUCUGUCCGAUAUCGGGACAUGUGGAAUGACAGCAUCAGAGCUUGGGUCUGUC